GCUAAUCCUCACAGACCUGUAGGAGCUGGAGUGGGAGCCUGACAGCACCAUUCUUCCUGAGUCGCUGGCAUCCCCAGAAGCUUCCACUCUGGAGGAAAUGGGUCGAAAGGAAGAAGAGGACUGCAGUUCCUGGAAGAAGCAGACCACCAACAUCCGGAAAACCUUCAUUUUCAUGGAAGUGCUGGGAUCAGGAGCUUUUUCAGAAGUGUUCCUGGUGAAGCAAAGGAUGACGGGGAAGCUCUUUGCCCUAAAGUGCAUCAAGAAGUCGCCCGCCUUCCGGGACAGCAGCCUGGAGAACGAGAUCGCUGUGCUGAAAAAGAUCAAGCAUGAAAACAUUGUGACCCUGGAGGACAUCUAUGAGAGCACCACUCACUACUAUCUGGUCAUGCAGCUUGUUUCUGGAGGGGAGCUCUUUGACCGGAUCCUAGAGCGGGGUGUCUACACGGAGAAGGAUGCCAGCCUGGUAAUCCAGCAGGUCUUGUCUGCCGUGAAGUACCUCCACGAGAAUGGCAUCGUGCACAGAGACUUAAAGCCUGAAAACCUGCUGUACCUCACCCCGGAUGAGAAUUCCAAGAUCAUGAUCACAGACUUUGGUCUGUCCAAGAUGGAACAGAGCGGCGUCAUGUCCACUGCCUGUGGGACCCCAGGUUAUGUAGCUCCCGAAGUGCUGGCUCAGAAGCCCUACAGCAAGGCUGUGGAUUGCUGGUCCAUUGGCGUCAUCACCUACAUACUGCUGUGUGGGUAUCCCCCUUUCUAUGAGGAAACAGAGUCUAAGCUUUUCGAGAAAAUCAAGGAGGGAUACUAUGAAUUUGAGUCUCCAUUCUGGGAUGAUAUUUCUGAGUCAGCCAAAGAUUUCAUCUGCCACUUGCUGGAGAAGGACCCGAAUGAGCGGUAUACCUGUGAGAAGGCCUUGAGGCACCCCUGGAUCGAUGGGAACACAGCCCUCCACUGGGACAUCUACCCAUCAGUCAGCCUGCAAAUCCAGAAAAACUUUGCCAAAAGCAAGUGGAGGCAAGCCUUCAAUGCAGCAGCUGUGGUGCAUCACAUGAAGAAGCUGCACAUGAACCUGCACAGCCCGGGACCCUGCCCGGAGGUGGAGAACCGGCUGCCUGUUGUUCAAGUCUUGGAAGCCUCGAGGCCCAGCUCCCCUGAGUUCACUAUCACGGAGGCACCUGCCCUGGACCAGAAUGUGGCCCUCCCAGCCCUGGCCCGGCUACCCUGCCAGCACAGCCCCUGUCCCGCCAUCCACGGAGGCAGGUCUCUCAACUGCCUCAUCAAUGGCUCCCUCCGCAUCAGCAGCAGCCUGGUGCCCAUGCAGCAGGGACCCCUUGCCAUGGGACCCUGUGGCUGCUGCUCCAGCUGCCUGAACAUCGGGACCAGAGGGAAAUCCUCCUACUGCUCGGAGCCCACACUUUUCAGAAAGGCCAACAAGAAACAACAUUUCAAAUCCGAGGUCCUGGUGCCAGGGAAAACCAGCGGCAGCUCCCACUGCCGGGCUGGGCAGACUGGGGUCUGCCUCAUCAUGUGAUCCCUGGAGCCUCUGCCUGUGUCACAGCAAUUUUCAGGAGAGACGUUGGCGUCCUCUGCCCUUCCCAGCCUGGCACCUGCCCUGCAGAGAGGGAGGAGCGGGCAGCAAGCAGAGCAGCCCCUGGCAGGAACGUCUUCUGGCCAGAGCGGCAGACAGCAGCUGCCCAGGGGCAGACCCUCAGAGGUGUCUCUGGAGUGCGCCCAAGUGUGAGGCCCCAUAGAAGCUGUGGGCAGGAGGAGCCUCAACAUGGGCCCCCAGGUCUCCCUGACCAGCCUGCUCUGUGCCCCCACCCCCACAUGCUGUGGCUCUGUGCAGUGUGCCUAGAUAGCUCUUGCCGGGUCUGUGUCAUUUGUCGUGAACAGCUUCAUGGGCUGGCCAGGCUGUCAUUCCUUCAAGCAAAGCCAUACGGGGCACUGUCCCAGCUCCCUGCUCUGUACACACUUGCCCUGCCUCUGUGGUCCCGUCCGUCCGUUAUAGGCUCGGUAACCUAGCUGCAUGCCAGGUCCAUCUGCAUGCAUGCUGGUAGCUCCGGGAUCCACCUGUGGGCUCUCCACAGUCUCAUGCCCAACCCAGGACUAGCUCCCCCGCCAACCCACCGCUGGGGCACCAGCUGGUCGGCUCCCUGGUCCACUAUACCACCUGCAUCACAGGCCCCAGUCCAAAUGCAAUUUCACAUCCUCCAAGGUGACCCAGAGAGAAAACCACACCCAGGAACUGGGUGGCAUGACAUCCUCGCCCACCUCCCUUCCUGCACCCCCAUUCUAGGGAACAUCAGAAGCUGACUGUUUUUCCCAGCAGUCAUUCUAACCCCGCCUCUGCCCCCAUCUCAUGCAGAGAAGAGUUUGGCCCAACAUCCAGGUUCCUCCCCGGCUUCCCCUUCUGAUCACCCCUUCCAGCUUCAUGCUCACUGCUGUGCUCAAUAAAAUGUACAUAUUUUUCUCUA